UCCCUUUAUAAAAUCCACCAUAUCAAAACGCACAAGAAGAAAAACAAUAACAAAAAAUGGGUGGCCUCUCCUCCAUCAAAACAUCAAACCCCCUUCACAUUUUCUCCAUGAAACCACCAUCAUCACCAAUAUCGAAGCUCAAAACCCUCUUCCAAACCUUAAUCUUCUCUCACAUGUACCGUGCCGCACGUGCCCUUGCGAAGGCGAAGUCGCUCCUCCUCGAGCACGUGCGGGACAUGCAGUUCCUACACUUGGCGGAGUUCAAGAGGAACAGGAACUGCAAGAGAAAGCUCUAUUUCGGCUCCUUUAGGCUACAUUACAACUGGUGUGCGUCGCACGUGAUGCCUCUAGCUCAAGAGAGCUACUAUGAUGCUAGCUGGAACGUCGUUGUUCCAACUGGCACCACCACGAAGUCGGUCAUACCCGAUGGGACCACGUCGUAUCGAGAGCCGGAAGGGCUCUCGAGGUACUUGGAGUGGCUUGAGGAGGAGAAGGGGAAUCAAGAAUCCAUCUCUAAUGAGAUUGAUAAACUUGCUGAUUUGUUCAUUGCGGAUUGUCAUGAGAAAUUCAGGCUGGAAAAACAGGAAUCUUAUAGAAGAUUUCAGGAGAUGAUGGCUAGAGCUGUAUGAAAAUAAUAUUUGUGUUUAUAUUUAAUUUAAAGUGAUGUCCCAUAAAAUUUAGCUUUUACUUUUUUUUCCUCAUCUACUAGCUACCUUUUCUCUUUUGAUUGUUUAUGGGGCUUAAUUGCUCUUUUCGAUCUUUCUCUCUCUUAGGUUUGUGGGAUUUCUGCAAAUUUAAUGAAGAAUCUUGAUUUAAUCC